AUGUCCUCGCAGCUCGCGUCGCCUUCGCCGGCGUGGAUUGUGCGGCAUCAUGCUCCUUCACCCAUACACGCAUUAGCAUUUGCAAACAGAGGACAAGACUUAAUUGCCGGAGAUGCGCGUGGACGCGUCUCGAUCACCAGCAUGUCCACAUACCGACCCUAUAUCUUCUUUCAACCACAUCAGGAAGCAAUUUUACGUGCAGAUGUUUGGUCUGGAUUUCUUGUGACACACGGCCGUGAUCAUAAAAUAUGCAUAUGGAGUAUGCCUACGGAGCGAAGUUCUACCCUUCUGGGCAGUGGCGCGAUAACUGAUCUCCCCGAGCCCACGCUGAUCAUGGACUUGCCCGUUAAUUCACUGAAUUACUGCGGCUACGCCAUGGUAACACUUGCUUCGGAAGAAAAUUCUCUCAAAGCCUAUAUGGUUGUACCUCAUACCCUUGAAUCAGCUUGGCUCGAUGUGUAUGAGCUACCAGCGAAACGACGUGUAGUUGAGGCACUCGGCCGUUCUCACGUCAUCGCAUCUGGCGCGCAGCGACCGCCUAUUAUCAUGGCCAUCCAGGCACGCAUACACUCUCACCACCUAGAUAUUGUCACUGGAAUGGAAGAUGGACAUGUGAUUGCAUGGUCCCUUUCAUUAGAUACAUGGGAGGCACACCAGCUGUGGUCAUACAAACCCCACAUUGAGACAGUACUAGCCCUGGGACUAGCACCUUGCCACGAUUAUGUUUUAAGUGUAGGUGCUGAUCGCUCUAUUGUUCAAAUUGGAUUGAACAGUAAUGUAAGACCUAUCGUAUAUACCACACAGCGCCCUGGUCAAGCAUGUGUGGCAAUUCGCGACGAUGAGAAAGUC